UCGAACAAGGGGAGCGAAGAGAAGAAACGACAUCCAGCAUGUAGAAGCGAAGAGAGAGAGAGGAGAAGCAGAUCGGCUGGACUCUGGGGAGCGGGUCAGUCGGCUGGUAGCUGGGUGAACAGCUUGCCUCGUUGCAGAUAGAACAGCACCGUAUGCCGUCUCUCUGGAGACUGCCGAACUCUCAGCAGGUGAGAAGAAAGGGCUACGAUUCUCCAACAUCGAGAGGGUGAGGUGGGGAGAAGGUGAAUUCAGGUGGGAAAGAGAGGCAGCAGUUAGAUAGUAGCAGAGAAAUACGAAGAGAUGUCGGAAAGAAAGAAGAUAGUGGCGCAGGAUAACGUGCAGGAGAUAGAUAUCGAAAGACCGUACUGGGAUCAGAGCACAUAUCGAGGAAGGGCAUUGCACUUUCUGACAGUGACGAAUCCGCUCAAUGUCUUUGCUUCGAAACAGCGGCUCGAGCACGCGCGUGAUGUCGUCACGAAAUACAGACAGGGCGAAAACCUGGAAAAACAAGGAAUCACCGCGGAUGAGUUAUGGAACUGUAAAUAUCUUUACGACAGCGCUUACCAUCCUGAUACUGGCGAAAAAAUGUUAUUAAUUGGGCGUAUGAGCGCUCAAGUGCCCAUGAAUAUGAUGAUAACUGGUUGUAUGAUGACGUUUUACAAGUCAACGCCAGCUGUAAUUUUCUGGCAAUGGAUCAACCAGUCGUUCAAUGCUGUAGUAAAUUACACGAAUCGCAGUGGCUCGAGUCCGAUUCCCACAGAAACGUUAGUGCGGAGUUACAUCGGCGCUACGGGAGGCGCUGUGAUAACGGCGUUGACCUUGAACCGUCUUGCUCAACGUGGACCACCGUUAGCAGGUCGGCUGGUACCAUUAUCGGCGGUUGCGGCGGCUAAUUGCGUGAAUAUUCCUUUGAUGAGGAUCACUGAACUCCAAAAUGGAAUCGAAUUACAAACCGAGGACGGUACAAAAGUCGGCAACAGCAAACGUGCGGCAAAACAGGCAAUCGCGUCUGUGACGUUAUCACGGAUACUUAUGGCCUCUCCGAGCAUGAUAUUGGCGCCGAUAGUAAUGAAUUAUUUAGAUCGAAGGCAAUUAUUGCGUAAUGCGAAAUGGGCUGCCGGACCUAUUCAAGUUCUAAUUUGUGGAGUCUGUCUCACUUUCGCGACGCCGCUCUGCUGCGCUCUUUUCGCACAACGCGUCCCUAUCUCGGUAAAUCGAUUGGAAUCCGACGUACAAAAACAAAUACGCUCGUACGAUCCCAAUCUGGAAACUGUUUACUAUAAUAAGGGCCUUUAAAUAAUAUGGGACAGGAUUCCCACACGACUCGGAUGCUUUUGUCAAUCAGAUUCAAGGACGUAAACUCAGGUAUACACGAGACAUUCCCAAACACAACAUUCGAAAGCAAAUACGCUAUUAUUAUCAAUGACUUCCAACGAUUAUGUAAACAGUUUGUUUACGGGUGUGUGUUUUGUCAUGUAUAACUUAUAUUUCCGUAAAUAUAAUCGAUAGUGAGCUGAAAAUUUACGAGGAUAUUAUCGUACGAGAGUGUUUAUCUAAAUCUUUAAAAAAUCUCUAAUUUGCCACAAAUUUUUGUAUAACGUUAAAACAUUUUUCUUUUUUAUAUUUUCACAAAUUUAAUAUAAAUUAAUAUAAAUUUAUUUUGAGAUUUUCAGCAUUUUUAAUUUAUACAAUCACAAAGAAAGUUAAGAAUUAUUCGAAAAAUUCUCUAAAUUUCCGAAGUAAAUUUUCCUAAAUAUUUUUUUCAUUUUUUUCGAGCAAAAAAUUGUCCUGAAAAACCUUUCCAGAUUUUUCCAGGCACUCUAUCUACGAUUUAUAAACUCUCUUAGCUGUAUACGUCCAAAUAAAUACAUAUCUUCCCUUUCAUUCUGGCCUGCAUACAUAUAAUAAAUGUUUCAAGAUAUAUAAGAGAUAUAUAAGAGAUCCAGACUGUUAAGUGAGAAAAGAUAACGAAGACAAUAAAAUAAACAAUUUAGUUCUGAAUAAAUUUUAA